CGGCGGCGCGCCGCUCUCCUGCUUCAUCUGCGGCGGCGGCAUCGGGCGCGGCAAGGAGCUGAAGCUGCAGGUGAAGCAGCCGGCGGCGGGCGCGGGGGCCCCGGCGCAGCCCUUCUUCCCGUUCCUGCAGCAGCAGGAGCCGGCGCCCGGCGCGCGCGAGCUGUCCCCGGCCGACGGCUGCGUGCUGGUGUGCGCCGUGUGCCGGUGCUUCCUGGGCGAGCAGUGGGCCGCCUUCGAGCGCGCCCGCACGCCCGUGGACAAGCGCAUGUACUGGCUCAAGCGGCCCCACCAGUGCGACGCGGGCGCGGGCGGACGCCGCGGGGGCGCCGGGGCCCCCCGCGAGUGGAACGUCGCCUACGCGCUGGGCGCUGCGGCCGGCGACGAAGACGACGACGACGGUGGCAGCGGCGGUGGCCCCGGGCCCCGCGCGGCCGCCGAGGAGCCUCGAGACUCAGAGCUGUCGGAGCUGUCGGACACCGACCCCCUCUCCGAGCCCGACCCGGCCGCGCGCGACGCCGCCAGUCCCCACCAGCACGGGGCGCCGGCGGCCCGGGCUGCCCCGGGGCCCGGGCCUCGCGGGGGCCGCUGCCCGGAGUGGAGGCUGGCGCGGGGCCCUUCUCCUGGACAGGGCGCAGAGACCACCGCACCGGGGGACGUGGAAAAGGAGGAGGUCCCCUCGAAGCUCCGAGUGGACGGGGAGCCCAAGGCGGGCAUCCGGCGCCGGCGGAAGGGCCCUGGGAGGCAUUGGGUCCCGGAGGCCCGGGCCAGCGUCCUGAGGGGCAUUCAGGACCCUUGGCAAGGGCCUCCAGUCCAGGUGGCCCCUGCAGAGAGCAUGAAAGGAGCCCCUUCCGGCAGGGCCGCCAAGACCCCUGAGAGCAGGCCGCUGGGGGAGGCCCGCGGGGGCUGCUGCGUGUCUGAGGACAGUGACAUCAACAUCACCAGUGAGGAGGAGGACCACAAGGGACAGCCUUUCUCAGGCUCCCGUGGCCCCGGAGACCAGGAAAACGGUGGCGGCCGCGUCCCCCGAGCUCCCCUGGAGAGCCGGGCUGCACCACCCGAGAGCUUUUGCUGCUACAUCUGCGGGUCGGCGCUGUCCCCGGCCUCGCAGCACCGGAUCCACGUGCAGAAGCAGGAGAAGCUGGCCCAGGCCCCUUUCUUCCCCUUCCUGUGGCUGCACAGCCCGCCCCCGGGGGCGCAGCCCAUCAGCGAGGGCGGCAGCACCCUGGUGUGCCCCUGCUGUUUCUCGUCCCUCAUGCAGCAGUGGCAGAGCUUCGAGCUGGCCAACGUGCCCGUCCUGCAGAGGCUCUACGUGGUGCCCCUGAACAGCCACGCCCCCGGCAUGGCCUCCAAGGGCAGGAGGCUCCCAAGGGAAGAGGGCCCACCCGCCGGGGCCCUGCCAGAGGCCUGCUACCUCUGCGGGGAGGACUGCACCCAGGAUGCCCGGGCAGUAGCCUCCAGAGUGCUCAAUGGCAACACCAGGGGCUCCAUGCAUUUCCCCUUCCUCAGCCUCCUGCCCUGCCCUCCCAGUGCCCAGGGCCCCAACAAGCGCUGUGAGGUCCGCAGCUGCCCCAAGUGCUUCAGCGUCCUGGAGGACGUCUGGGCCCUGUACCGGGCCUGCCAGAACGAGGAGCUCAUCACCUCCGUGCAGGGCUUCCUGGGCAGGUACCACCAGGCCUUCUCGGCCUCAGACCCUGCUCUCUCCGAGCCGCCCGCGUCGGCCCAGGGCAGCCCGGCGUCCAUCUGCUACAUCUGCGGGGCUGAGCUGGGCCCUGGGAAGGAGUUCCAGCUCAACGUGAACCCUUCCAGCCGCUUGGGCGAGAAAGAGCCCUUCUUUCCCUUCCUCACCGUCUAUCCGCCCGCCCCGCGCGCCAGGCCUGCUGACUCCACCGGCCUGGUGGCCACCUGCGUGCUUUGCUACCACGACCUGCUGGGCCAGUGGCUGCAGCACGAGGCCCGCGGCACCCAGCACGCCGUCAGCCCCUGGUCUCGGCAGUACCAAGUGGAGACGUUCGUGUGCUUCUUCUGCCGGCAGGAGAAGAAGCGGUGUCUUGGGCUGAAGGCCGUGCGGGUAGCCCGGCUGCCCUUGUUUCUCUACACCCUGCGAGCGAGCCACAGCCUGUUAGUGGACGACGGCCGGCAGCUGAUAAUCGGCGCCUGCACAGAGUGCGGGACCCUGGUGUGUGCUGGCCCAGGGCUCACCCGCCAGGGACCCAUGGGCUGGAGCUCCCCAGUGGCAGCUGCGAGGAAGAUAUUCAUGGAGCGCCUACUCUGA